ACAAGCGCUUACUACGCGGUGACUGGCGGUGACGUUGGGCUCGCUGGUGGACGAAGUGGAUGCAUUUCGUCAAUAAAGUGAGUGACAGCGGAGGUGAACCCGUGUUUUGUGUAAAAUAACGCUCGUUAUCAUGGCUGAUCACGAGGUAAAGGCGAAGCAGCUUAUGGCAGAUGCCGAGAAGAAGUUAACCUCGUCUAAAGGAUUCUUUGGUUCCCUUUUUGGAGGUUCAUCCAAGGUAGAAGAAGCUGUGGAUUGUUACCAGCGUGCUGGAAUUUCGUUUAAAGUAGCAAAGAAGUGGGGUGCAGCGGGAAAUGCUUUUUGUGAAGCAGCAAACUUACAUAGUAAAGCAGGAAGUCGCCACGAUGCAGCUACCAAUUAUGUUGAUGCUGCAAAUUGUUAUAAGAAAUCAGACCCUAAUGAGGCCGUUAAUUGUUUACUUAAAGCCAUUGAGAUUUAUACGGACAUGGGUAGAUUUACAAUGGCAGCAAAGCAUCAUCAAACUAUAGCAGAAAUGUAUGAGAGCGAAUCAGUCGAUUUAGAACGCGCUGUACAUCAUUACGAGCAAGCAGCCGAUUAUUUUCGUGGGGAAGAGAGCAAUUCAUCGGCAAAUAAAUGUCUUUUAAAAGUUGCACAAUAUGCAGCUCAACUUGAAAAUUAUGACAGAGCUAUUCAGAUCUACGAAGACGUUGCAUCUUCGUCUUUGGAGAGUUCUUUAUUGAAAUAUAGCGCAAAGGAAUAUUUUUUCCGUGCAGGCCUCUGUCAGUUGUGUGUUGACGUUCUCAAUGCGCAACAUGCAAUUGAACGAUACUCCGAGCAAUACCCUGCUUUCCAAGACUCUAGAGAAUACAAGCUUUUAAAGACACUAAUUGAACAUGUGGAGGAACAAAACCUGGAAGGAUUUACGGAAGCCGUGAAGGAGUAUGACUCCAUUUCACGAUUGGACCAAUGGUACACAACAGUGUUGUUGCGCAUAAAAAAGCAAGUCAAUGAUAAUCCAGAUCUGCGCUGAUUGGCCAUAAUACUGCCACUGAUUUCUCUCCAUUUGCCCUGCUCUGUAUACUCUUCGUUGCUCCACAUCCAGUUAUCAAAUAAACUCAUUAAAUAGUUUCACAUUUUUGUGUAUCGGCAACAUUGUCUUCUGGCUCUUGCCCGUAAGUUUCAUUGUUGCCUUUCCAAAUUUUUCAAGCCAAUUAAUCUUAUGCUAAAGAUCCUUGCAGUUAUUAGAAAUAAUUGAGAGGAGCGGAAAGAGAGAUUUGUUCCGUUGUAAAUUUUAACGACGUACAUAUAUGUACGUCACCAUUAACUGUUGUUUAUAAUUUUGUAGAGAAGGUACAUAAUCGACCUUCCAUUGUUCAUUAUGUAAAAGUAACUUUAUUACGUGAGAAAUGUGUAGGUUAUUUACAAAGCAGUUAACUCAUUUAUUUUUUUUCAAUGGUAAUAUUCGUUAUGGUUAACUAGUAUUCUAUUAAUAAUGGCCGUCAUUAGCUUUAUAUGGUUAUAGGUCAGUUAAAUCGUACGGUCUACUAUCACUUUCACGAGAAGUUAUUGCAGGAAGAAGAUAAUUCGGAACUGAAGUAACAAUAUUUAAUUUGUUUUAUUAUAAUUCUUAUAGCCUCUAAUCGCGGUGUAUUAUAUGAUUUCAAUCAUCUUUAUGCGAAAACAUUUUUCUGUGUUUUUCAUUAGUAACGCCCUACUUGAAAUUUAUUUUUAUUUUGUAAGCUCAACGUUCAGUUAUUAACCCAUUGGCAUUAUGACUCUGCUUAAGGCGAUCGUCAUACGCGGAAUAUUCCUCUUACGGAUGUAAAUGGGUUAACAACUGCAAUACAAUGAUUAUUUGUUUUUGACAAUAAUGCAGGUAUCAUUUUCUAUAAAAUAUUGUUUACGAUUUUUUGACUAUAAAUUUGAUUAUGAAAUAUGACUUAUACAGCAGUUACUUUCCUGUUAUGUAUUGUUAUUAAAAGUGAAGAUGAUUCAGUAAUUAUUUAAUCUCAGUAGUACAGAAAAGUAAAUGGUGAACUAAUGAGAAAAUUAAUAAACAUUAAAUUAUUGAUAUAAAAGUAAGUUAUUAUAUUUGACAUAGGAUAUUUUAUUUUUUCCCCUCGAUUCCAUCCUAUCUCUUAUGCACCUAUAAGUCAGCUUGUUCAUCUAUAAUAUAAGUACUGUCAUGUUAAUAAAGUAGUGUACUUUAAUUGAUUAUUCAAAAAAAGAUUUUUAUGAGUAUGAAAUGAUAUAGACAUGAAAGAGUUGCGAAAAAAGAAUUAGAAGUGCACGCAAAUGCCAAGGCAUGAAACACAAAAACUUUAGCAUAUAUGUAAAGUAUAUCUUAAACUUAAUGCAUAGAUUCGCAUUAUAUAGAAUCUCUCAUUUUUCAUAAGACAAGAAGUGAAUUUCGAAUAUCAUGCAGGUUCUAAUUUUAACAACUUGUUAAAAAUAGUACUAUGUAUUAGAAGCUCUAUUCAUUUUAAUAUGAGCUCUAUUUGAUUUUAAUAAUAUUCUUGUUUUAACGUAUACAUGAAUUUAGAAAAGGUAUCUAACGUCAAGAAAGAUAAUUGAAUUAAUUUUAUGAUUACUUCAAACUUUAAUUGGAUGGGUAUUUAUGGAAGAAAUUGUAAACCCAAAUUGUUUUACGAUAGCGAAUUCGAUUAAUCGCAUAUAACUUAGAAUUCAGGAUAUCUAUUUAUAUCUACUGAUUAUUGGCAACAUUAUAAAUACACUUAUACAUUUAUUUGUUAGAGUUAUGUAUAUAUUAAAGAAAAUGUUUACAGGAUCAAAGUCUAGUAUAUUUAUGAGAAAUAUACAAUGUUAUAAGACCGUAAAAUUUAAGUUAAUAAAUUGCGUUUAAAUUCGUUCUUUCGCUUGAUUUAUAUAAUUUAUUUGUGAAUACUGGAAACUGUUGAUCUCACGACAAUGUAAAGAUAUUUAAUCCUGUAAAACAGGCUUCGUAAUAAAGGUGAUUAAUAAAUAUGUGUAAGUAGUUGA